GUCACAGCCAUAGCCAUAGCUACAGCCGAGAGCACAUUCGUUCGUAAGCAUACUGGCGGUGCGGGUCGUACUUAGGUGAAAGGUGCUGCUGGUUGCGUUGAAUGCGUACUCGACGUACUCGUACACCGCGUACAGGGUGCAUAAUACCGUGCCCGUAAAGCCAACAUGUAAAUCGACAAGAGACGGCUGGCUCUCGAAGGACGCCGAUAUUCCGAUCCAACUUACCACGAGUGCUCCUCAGUUGAUCGCGCUGUGUGAUUGGCUUAUCAAUCAGUUUUCUCGUAUUCGGUUUCGUUUAAUUUUUUAUUUUUUUUGGUUGCGAUUUUAAUUUCGUUUUAUUCUCGUUGUUUGAAUUUGCGAGAAUCGUUCGUCUGUCGCAGUCGCCGCUGCUGCUGCUGCUGGUGGUGUCCGCCGAUUCAUUCGACGUCUUCUUGCGACUUUUAGUAUCAAAAUGCGUCGUGUUACGUGCGAUUCUUCCUGACACCAAGAGAUUUUACGUUGCGAGUUCGUUCGGAGUUGUGAUUUUAUUGCGCGUAUGUGGUUCGCGUUAUUCUACCUCGAUUAAAAAAGUUCCCACAAACAUCUUCGCACGAUGGCACGCGCCAACUUUGCGAUAAUUUUCCUUCUUCUACUGUCGUCGUCCGCACACUUGAGCUUGGUAAGCUGCAUCGACGAAGAAACCACCACCAAAGAAGACUCCGAUAUACAUUACGUAGCCGACGACUCGUCAUCGUUCAACGAAAACGUCUCGCCCGAAAACAUCGAACGAGCUUUCGACUCGAACGGACCCGAUGAAAACAAAGCUCUCAGUCCGUUGCCGAGUUUCAAAAACGGCCAAGAUAUGGCCGCCGCAGCGGUCGCCGUCGCCGCCGCAGCUGCCGGCAAUAAAUAUCUGGCGGAUGAUGAUAACUCGGCGGCCGCAGCAGCCAUGACCGGCGGUGGAAAACGCGAUAACAUACAAAGGGUGCCGUCCAAGACCAUCGGCAGCGGUCUGAUGCACUUGUCGUUCGAAAGAUCCAUUUCUGACGUGCCCUUUUCAAACGUCAGCACUUCCGAUAUCCAAUGGUUGGCUAGGGUUUUCAACGUGUUGCACUGGGAUCCGGAAAAUCUGCCCGGAGCCAAGCUCAUCGGUUCUCGAUGCGGUUCGCUGAUGCGCCAGUAUCUCCAAGCUCUUCGUAACGGAAGCGUUUGGGCUGAUAAAAUGAGCGAUUCGAGCGGACGAUAUUCGUCUCAAUUUUUCUUCGGAAACGAUUUUUGGCUCGGAUCACGGACCGAAUGUCGCGAGCUGCAGAACAAACUCUACAACGAUAUGGUGCCUCCGUUUCCGGUACACUUCUUCGUGUCAAAAUUUCUGCUCAGGAUGGAAAUUCCGCCUCGAAAAUACUUACGCAUGCUGAGCAUCGGAUUAUGCCUGCCGAAGGAAUGCACCACGAACGACAUCAAAAUCAUACUGGACGAAGAUUCCAAAGUGAUCAAAACCGAUAUUCCGUCUCGUAAUCUCACCGUGCUCACUGUUCGAGCAGUUCCUGGAUCGUAUUCGUUGUACGCCGAUAAAAAGCUUCACAUGUUAUUAAUGAUUUUAAGCGUGGUCAUCAUUCUGACGAUAAUCGGCACCUGUUACGAAAUAUCGCUGGAACGAAAACGAAAUCGAUUCUAUAGAAAACACCAAACGUCCGUCAUCAGUAACAAUAACGACGGUGAUAUGAAAAUUAUCGCACCAGUCGAAAAACUUCCUCAUCUCGAGUUGAAAAUCGAAAACGGUUACCCUACCAAAAAUACGUCCGCUGUGGUCGCAACGCCGCCGCACAAUUUCGACGGCGACAGCGCGAUGAGUCAAUUCAUCCUAUCAUUUUCGGCCAUCUCGAAUUCGAGAAAAAUUCUGCACGUUGGUCCGACACCCGAAGAAUCACUGACCUGCGUACACGGAUUACGAUUUCUGAGCUUGGCUUGGGUCAUUAUGGUACACACGUACUUGCAAGUAUUCACCAUUGCCGAAAAUAAAUCUCUCAGAACUCUGGCCGAAAGGAACUUCAUGUUUCAAACCGUCAGCAAUGCUACCUUCUCUGUCGAUACGUUCUUCUUCAUAAGCGGUCUGUUAGUGACGUAUCUGUACUUCAAAUCGGCCAAAAAGGAGUUAGCUGAUAAAGGACGACGACCGCAGAAUACAGGAGUUGUGAUGAAUGUGGCAAAAUUUUUCAAACUAGUCGGUUACAGAUUCUUGAGAUUAACACCAGCGUACAUGUUCGUCCUGCUCAUUGCCGAAAUCUCGAUGCGAUGGAUACAUAAUAAUUCGGUAUUCGAACCGAUUAGUCAGAAUCACAUAUCUUGCGAUAAAUACUGGUGGAGAAAUAUCCUUUACAUCAAUAGUCUUUUUCCGAUGAAUGAUAUGUGCAUGUUAUGGAGUUGGUACGUUUCAAACGACACACAAUUUUACGUCCUGGGUAUCAUAAUUUUGCUAUUUUCCAUCAGAUACUUCCGCUUUUCGGCUGUAUUAUUAGUAUUAUUUUUAUUCCUUUCGUGGGGAGUCACCAUAUCGAUAUCUUUGAUAUACGAAUUCAGAGCAAAAAUAGAAGAUCCAUUUUUAUUAUUCGAUGAAUUAUACGACAAACCUUGGACUAGACUGGGACCUUAUCUAGUAGGAAUGUUCACCGGAUGGCUUAUAUUUAAAACGAAAGCCAAAUUAAAGGUUUCCAAAGUCACUGUACUCGUCGCCUGGUUUUUGUCAAUAUUUACUCUUCUGUCGCUAGUGUACGGUUUGCAUGUGUUUCCACUGGGACGAAUAGGAUCAGCGAUUUAUGUAUCAAUAGGUCAUACGGCGUGGGCAGUUGCAUUGGCUUGGAUGGUGAUAGCUUGUUGCUCCGGUCACGGAGGUUUCAUCGACGCGUUUUUAUCGUUCAGGUUACUCCAUCCUUUGAGUAGGUUAACGUAUUGCGCUUAUUUAGUCCAUCCUAUCAUAAUGACCACCACUAAUUUCCAAAUGAACGCGCCAUUACAUUUGCAAGACUCUAUUGUGAUGAUUUUAUACUUCGGUAACGCGUUAGCGUCGUUCAUUUCCUCAUUCUGCAUUUCACUGCUGUUCGAAGCACCGGUUGUCAGAUUAUUGAAAUUGAUCUUUUCGCCGCAACCGAGGAAAAUCGCCAAGAAUCAGACAACGUUAUGAAACUAGAUGCUGAUUUGGAUACGAGUACUUUAGCGUACCUAUGUUGUACAUAUUUUUACGUAGAUAUAAAUGCUCAAAUGUAAAAUUAAUUUAUCUCGUCUCUGACUCUAUUAAAUUAUCGCGUUGUCGUCGCGUCUUUUUUUUAUCGCUAUUUUUGAAUGUUUGUGUAAAUUUUUGUACUAUAAUAAUGUGUUUUAUUUAUAAUGUACUAUUUUUCUUGUGUUAUUGUGAUUUCAUAAAUUCGAGUGUAUUUUUUUUUCUUCUUUUUGUUACUAUGUUGUAUAGAUUAUAAGUUUAGGUAAAAUAAUGUAUACGUAUGUUGACGUAUACCUACUCGUACCUUACUAUAAGGGUACCGAAGUUCUUAGAUAGACAAUUAUUACGUAAACGUAUAUACCUUACCUACCUACUUAUAUCGACUUAAAAUUUCGCGUAGACUUUAGAGGAUCUCACACCUUGUAAGGUAAGUAUAUAGCGUAUAAUUACUUAAAGCCCAAGGCCAUUUACGCGAGUAUUCCACUAGGUAUAUUUUUAUAUGUUUUUUCCCGCUUGACGUAUACGAUGCUUGCUACGUCAUGUCAGUUCAAGCAGUGAGGUUAUAUUUCAACUGAUGAAAUGAGACCCUAUCUAAUAAUGUGACCAAAGCUUAUAGCUUCAAAAGCAUUAUAAGCUGUUGGUUUUCGAAAAGCGUUUUGCUCGUUGAAUUUGGGUGUCGUCGUAUAUUACAUACCUAUAUUCUAUAUUAUCAUUGUAAUACGUUAUAAAUCUUUUUUUUUUGUACCAACAUGAUUGUUUUGUCGUUGAUAAGUACAAUUUGGAAAUAAAGAAAAUCACUUAAAAAUAA